AUGAAAGAAGAAGUCUUGUUGAAGAUUCCUGGUUGCAUAGUCCAUCUCGUUAAUGCAUCCGAACCGUUAGAGCUCGCCUCCGGGGAGUUCAAGCUUGUAAAAGUUUCUGCAAACGAUUACGUGACCCUAGCAAUGCUUGUCAGAGUCGGACUUGACCUUCAAUGGCCGGUGGUUAAGGAAGAGCCGAUGGUUAAAGUCAACGCUCGUGAGUACCUCUUCACGCUUCCAGACAAAGACGGUGAUUCACUUGGAUACAAAGUGACUUUCUCUGGCGAAGAGGGAGACAUUUUAAAGAAUAUUGAGGUUCUUGAAGAAUUGAUGAGGGAGGAUUCUUGCUUUUCAUAUUUGAGUAAGACUAAAAAUGAAAUUGAUUGGAAAGAGUUUUCGCCGAAUGCGGAAGAAUACAAAAGCGCUGUGGCCAAGGCCAUCGCUGAAGGAUCAGGUCAUAUCAUCAAAGGAAUAUUCAGUUGUAGCAAUUCUUUCUCUAAGAAGGUUCAGAAGGGAGGAAAUGAAAUAAUUAUUACAAAAGAGACUGAGGAACAACAGAGUGGUCAUCAUCAUGAAGCACAAAUAAAUGGAGGUGAUAACAAUAGAACUCCGAAGAAAAAUAAUAUCAUCACAAAUAUUGAAAGAGUGGAGACACUAUGGAAGGCGAGCGAGACGAUAGGAGCAACGGUGUUAGACGGUGAAGAUAUGAUUAGCGGUUUGAUGAUGGCUCCUGUGCUUAAAUCGAAGCUAGGGAAGGCGUUGCUAUCCACUGCCCCAGGAGAAAUUCUCUUGGCUUCACUUGAUUCUUUUGAUAAAAUACUUGGUGCUGCUGAAGCUGCAGAGAUGCAAACUCAUUCUGCCACAUCCAUGGCUGCUUCCAAACUUGUUAGUAAGAGUUUUGGGGAAAAGGCUGGUAAAACCACCGGAAAAGUGCUAGAAACAACCGGCAGCUUGGGCCGAUCGGCGUGGAAAAUUCAAAAAGCUAUGGAUCCAUCUUAUUACAUGAUAUCAAAAAUUGCCAAAAAUGCUCCUAGAGAAUGA